AUGUCGUCGAGACACUUCAUUCACGACCCGACACACCUCGUCGAAACCGCCCUUCUCAGCAUCCCACAAACAAACCCUUCGGUGCAAUGCGAUAUAAACAACAAAAUCAUCUACCGCAAGAAUGGCGCAUCACAAGUUAGCAUAGUUUCUGGAGGCGGCAGCGGUCAUGAGCCCUCAUUCGCGUCUUUCGUCGGUGCUGGCCUACUAUCUGGAGCAGUCGCAGGCACAAUCUUCGCAUCUCCAAGUGCAGAGCAGGUGCGAAGAUGUAUCUUGCAUCGCAUUCAGAAAGACAAGGGUGUUCUCGUGAUAGUAAUGAACUACACCGGCGACGUGUUGAACUUCGGCAUGGCAGUCGAGAAGGCGCGUGCUGCAGGUAUUGAAGUCGACAUGGUGGUGGUCGGCGACGAUGCAGGUGUAGGGCGCGCAAAGGGAGGAAAGGUUGGACGGAGAGGUAUUGCGGGGACAGUACUUGUACAGAAGAUUGCUGGUGCGCUCGCUGCGAAAGGAGCGAGUCUCAAGGAUGUAACGCGCAUGGCACAACUCGUCGCAGACAAUACCGUCUCGAUUGGAUCUUCCUUGGCGCACGUCCAUGUUCCAGGUCGGCGAGAGGCAGAGGAAGACGAGCUUGCGGAAGGCUUAGUUGAGAUAGGAAUGGGCAUUCACAACGAAGCCGGCUCUGAGCGCAAGUCGACAGAUCUCCCUGGCCUUGUGAAGACGAUGUUAUCGCACUGCUUGGACGUCGCGGACCAAGAUCGCAGUUUCUCUAAGAUCACCGACAAGGACGAUGUGGUACUGCUAGUCAACAACCUGGGAGGUGUCAGUCCACUCGAGCUCAGCGGGAUCACGAACGAAGUCGUCGACCAACUGGCAGACAACUUUAAGAUCAAACCAGUGCGAGUUCUGGCUGGUACCUUUAUGACUAGUCUGAACGGACUGGGCUUCAGCGUCAGCUUGCUAAGAGUCGCUGACGCUUCUAUGCUUGAACUGCUCGAUGCACCCGCAGAGGCGAGUGGCUGGUCAGCGGCAAUUAGUAGCAGCACAUGGGCACGACGAGAAGAAGCGAAAAAGAGCGAGGAACAGGUAGACGAAGAAGAGGUCCAGCCAAGUGACCUGAGGGUCAACUUUGCUCAGGCCAAAUCAACUUUGGCAGUCGCAUUGAACAGGCUCAUCGAGGCUGAACCAGAUGUGACCAAAUACGAUACUAUAGUGGGGGACGGCGAUUGCGGCAUCGGACUCAAGCGCGGCGCAGAAGCAAUUUUGAAGAUGCUCGAAACGGCAGAUAAGACGGAUGAUCUGUUGAUCCUCAUGAAUCACAUCAUUCAAGUGGUGGAACUGGCUAUGGACGGCACGUCAGGCGCAAUCUAUGCCAUCUUCCUGAAUGCAUUGGCCCAUGGGUUGCGACAGAAUGCGCCUUCGUCACCACAGCCUGUCACACCCGCAAUCUGGGCCAAAGCCCUGGACUCGUCUCUCAAGGCACUUGGCAAAUACACUCCUGCCAAACCUGGAGACCGAACACUUAUGGAUGCGCUCUAUCCGUUCGUUGAGACAUUAUCCAAGACGGAAAGUAUCGAAAAAGCGGCUGCAGCGGCACAAGGUGGUGCUCAAGGGACGAAAGGUAUGAAAGCGAGCUUGGGGCGAACGGUGUAUGUUGGAGGCGAGGGGUUCCAGGAGGUGCCAGACCCUGGCGCGCAUGGCCUUGCGGAGCUUCUGUUGGGCCUGAGUGAUGGAUUGAAGAAGUAG